AUUUAUGAGGCAAUUUUUUUUUUUUUUAAAAAAAAUACAAUUGAAUUGGAGAAACCCAAACCCAAACCCAACUCAGGCGAAGCUUUCCUUUCCCUCUCACCAAAACCCAAACCCACUCCACUCUCCACCGUCUCUGCUCCCCCUUUCUCUCUUUCCUCCGGGAAAUGGAAGGCUCCGCGAAAGGGACAGUGACGCCGCUAUCUUCGUUGUUCGCAGCUGAAGAAGCGCAGAAGGCAGCGAAGCGCGUGUACGACACCAUCGUCGAGAAGCAGCAGCAGCUUGACCGCCUCCGGGGCUUCGUCUCCGAUAACGCCAACCUCAUUAGCACCGUCCAGAGACUCCCAGACCAGCUCCACCACGAUAUUAUGGUUCCAUUUGGUAAGGCAGCUUUUUUCCCUGGGCGUUUGAUACACACCAAUGAAUUUCUGGUUCUUUUGGGAGAAGGGUACUAUGCAGAUAGGACAUCCAAGCAAACCGUGGAUAUUCUGAGAAGAAGAGGGAAUACGUUGGAAUCCCAAAUCGAAUCUUUGAGGGCCAUGGUGCAAGACCUCAAACUAGAGGCUUCAUUUUUCGACAGAACUGCCUCUGAAGCCGAGGAAGGAAUUCUAGAGAUAAGAGAAGAUUAUGUGGAGGAAAGUUCUGUUGAAGGAGAAUCUGAACCAGAAGUUUCUUCAAGCUUUUCUGAAGUAGACAACAAAAAUGCUAAAAUUGAAGAUGAUGAAUUUGCACGCAUUAUGUCCCGAUUUGAUGAACUUGAGAAAGAAGAACUUGCAGCUGAAGAAGAUGAUGAUGAUGAUGAUGAUGACGAGCCAACUAAAGCUGAUUUGGAUAGUUUCUCAGAUAAAUUAUCCCUUAAUGAGACUGAAAAACCAGAGAAGCCAGAGUUGAGGAAACCUAUGGAUCAGACACAGAAUACAAGGGCAGUGAUUAAAGCUGCUAAUCUUGACAAUGAUAAGCAGCAAUAUGAUCAGCCAGAAUUGCCUUGCACAGGUUUGGCAGUUCAACCGGUACCUAAAGAUGGAUCAUCACACGGUGAUACUUCCGAUAGAUAUGUCAAAAAGUCUACUGAGACGACAUUAAUGCCUCCUCAAGCUAAUAAUAGCCUCCAAGCUUUUAGUUCUCCGAUAAAUGAGACUCUUGUUGAAACUCCAAAGCCAAAGUUCGACAGCCGCAAGGCUUUUACAGGUUCUAUUGUUGAGCGGGCUGACAAUUUAAAUACAAGUUCAAAAAAUCAGACCCCAUCUCAGUCUUCAAAACCGGUUUCAAGAUUCAAGAUGCAGAGAAGAUAAGUAACCAUGGUGAUGCUUGGCACAACUGGAUGAAGAAAUGCCAAAUUUCCCAGUUAUGAUUAGAAGUUGACUUUAGAUGAUGAGGGAAAGGAAAAAUAGAAACCGAGACCCAAAUUUUGCACAAAACCAAAGAGCUUUGUUUAAACUCCCGAAACGUAGAUCAAUAUUUGACAUUAUUUUAGCUUGUAAGGUUCAUUUAUAUAGUUCGACAUUGUCAAUUUCUCUUGUCAAGAACCAACCAGUCAUUACUGAUAUCGCUCUUGAAUGACGCCAAAUUUUUCUGAACUUCUGAAAAGAAAUGGCUGUAAAUACAUUCAUCUAAACGCAAUGAGGGAAUGCUCAAUGCUGUUCCAAUCAUGAACAUUCUUUUCAUCACUA